GAACGCAGCAUUAAUGCGUUUUAAACGCGCAAUCUUCUCCACUUCAUGAUGGGGAAGAGCGCAUGAGAACUUGAAACUCUAAACAACCAGGCAGUUUAUAUUUACACUCAUAACGGUUAAACUAAAUUACGUAUCCAAAGGACUUUACUGUAUCUGUGUGUAGAAAGAUGGACAGUGACAGGAAACCCAUGUUUGACCCUAAAGAACACCAACAUUUAAGGUACAAUCCCUUGCGGGAUUCCUGGGUUUUGGUCUCGGCCCAUCGCAUGAAGCGCCCAUGGAAAGGACAGAUGGAGAAACCUCCAGAGGACAAUGUCCCACAACAUGACCCGAACAACCCUCUCUGUCCUGGUAGUGUAAGAGCCAAUGGAGAGGUGAAUCCACAUUAUGAGGGCACAUUUAUGUUUGAGAACGAUUUUCCUGCUCUUCAACCAGAUGCUCCAGAUCCUGGUUCAGAUCAUCACCCACUUUUCCGCAGCAAAGCAGCCAGAGGUGUCUGCAAGGUCAUGUGCUUUCACCCCUGGUCUGACAUCACUCUUCCGCUCAUGCAGCCUGCAGAGAUCCGCAAAGUGAUUGACAAGUGGGCAGAGCUAAUCGAAGAGCUAGGAGCCACGUACACAUGGGUGCAGAUCUUUGAAAAUAAAGGAGCCACCAUGGGCUGUUCGAACCCUCAUCCUCAUUGUCAGGUUUGGGCGAGCAAUUUUCUUCCCAAUGAACCGGCGCUGGCUGAGAACUGUCAAAAAGACUUCCUGCGGAAGCAUGGGGAGCCGAUGUUAGUGCAGUACGCUCGAAUGGAAGCGGAAGCACAGGAGCGUGUUGUAGUGGAAAAUGAGCAUUGGUUGGUUGUGGUGCCUUAUUGGGCGACUUGGCCCUUCCAGACACUGCUGUUGCCACGACGACAUGUUCUGCGUCUUCCUGACCUUACCACUCAAGAGAGAGAAAGUCUGGCGCUCAUAAUGAAAAGGCUCCUGACAAAAUAUGACAACCUGUUCGAGGUCUCCUUCCCCUAUUCAAUGGGAUGGCAUGGAGCCCCGACGGGAAGUUAUCUGAAAGAAAACAUGAGCCACUGGCAGCUUCAUGCUCACUAUUACCCUCCUCUACUGCGCUCCGCUACAAUCCGCAAGUUUAUGGUUGGUUAUGAGAUGCUAGCUAAUGAACAGAGGGACCUAACACCUGAGCAGGCUGCUGAACAGUUAAGAAAAAUCGGAGAAGAACAUUAUAAAAUGAUAAAGACAAAAGGAAUGGAGAACUAAGAAGAGUGUGACCUGUCGGCCUUCAUCUGUCUAACAACCAAAUAAUGAGAACAUGAAUCUGGGAGAAACAGAUGGAGCUGUAAGAUUGCAUUGUUGGAAUUUGACCUAUGAACUACUUUUUGAACUACUUUUAUUUUGCUCUUUCAAGUAACAAGUUAAAAUUGGCCCCAAAGUUUCUGUCGAAGGUCUCUUAAGGCCACAUGAUGUGAACUGUAAUUGGAGGAGUUGGAAAACGGUAACUGGACAACGUUAAUUAUGUUCUAUUUGUAAAAAUGUAAUAAAUAAAAAAUAAACCAUACACUUUAAAA